AAAGAGGCAGCAGCAGCAGCAGCAGGAGGAGGAGGAGGAGCAGCGGCGGCGGCGCCCCGUGGAAGUGGCCCAGCUCGCCUUUCGCUUGGCUACCAAAGCGACUCAGGAAACGCGGGAUCCAGACACUCUCGGAGUAAGCCUGCACUGCCCGGCCAAGAAAAACAUGAUUUCCCAAAUCCACAUAGCCUUGAUCCUCCUUAUAGUGUACAACAUCCAUGAAACAGAACAGCACAAAGAGAGUUGUCACCGGCUCAUCACUGAAUCCCACCUACGAAACCUCUCAGAUAUGAUUGACAGUCAAAUGGAGACAUCCUGCAAACAAACCAUCAUCUAUGUAGACAGGAGUGAACUGGACACUACAGAAUGCUUUCUCAAAGCAGCAUAUUCUCCACUGUUAAGCCUCCUUCAUAAAAUUAAAUUUAAGGACAAUUCUGCAAACUUCAAUAAGCUAGAAAGAAUUAAAGACCUGCACUUGCAACUUGGAAUUUGCAUUGAUGACUAUCCUGAUCACCAGACAUGCACCAAGAAGUUCUCCCUGACUCCGGAGAAGAUGUUGCAAAUGGUGCACGACUAUUUCAGCGAAGCUAAGCAUUUCUUGUUCAAAUCAGGCUUCACUCAGGAUUGUUCUAGUGCCUUCAAGAAGUGUUCAGACUCUCAGGAAAAGGACAAAAUGGAAUCUACAGGUGUGGUGACUGACCAGGAUGGUGUGCGCCCAGAUGCAAACCCGGUGAAUGGGGGAGGCUCAGCUUUUCUCCUUCCAGCCUUUGAACGCUCUUCUUCCAUUGCAGACCAACUAGACAGCAAGGAGACAGCUGACAGCACUCUCCAGGUUUUCUUACUGCCUGACACCACACAGACUCAAGGAGUGGCAGAGGGUGGUACUAGGGCCAGGGUGCUUAGGAGCACUUGGGGCCAGGGAGCUGCAGAAAGCAUGGAUUUCCAUGAUGGCAAUGGUGCUGUCAUAUCAGCAGAAGAAUGGGAACUGGCAGCUGUAUCCCAGGGACCUGAAUCUCUAAUCAUGAACACUGCAUCCUUCUUGGACCCAACCAUAACACAGCACCAAUGGUCCAGCCAGCUCAGAAAUCUUCCUCCCUCACCACUUAGCCAACAGCAUACUGAAUUCUUGGAGACCAAGUCUCUCUUGUCUGGUUCAGGAGCAACCACUGGCAAAGCAUUGCCAAGUGAUUUACCUUCUCAGCAUCUCACGUUCUCUGGCUUAGCCAGGUCCUCCCUCCAUAAGCAAUGGCUUUGGGCGCGAGAAAUGAGUGAGACCACUCCAGGACACAAGUCUGAUUGGGAGGUGGCUGCCUCCAGCAGCACACACAGCCUAACUGUGGCAACUCCUGCCAACCUAGAACCAGUGUAUGACUCAGGAGUAUCCUCUGGUAGCAGAUGGGUGACACUUUCACCCAACGACCCAACACGUUUCCUUGACUUUGAUUUAGAGGAUUCUGUCUCUGCAACACAACAUCCUUCUAGAUUGGCGGUCACCACAGAGAGCUCAUCCUCUCCUCAGCAGAUAUCUGCAGAAGGCUAUUCUUUGGGGGCGGAGGGCAAUCGAGGUAGAUCUCCAGGAGGAUAUCAAAGCACCCAACUGCGAGAGAGGCGAGCAGAACGAGAAGAGGGCCUGGUUGAGAACAGGGAGGCAGAAGAGAGCAUGCCAGGGCCCAGCGUUGAUCAGAGCUUCAUUCCUCUGAACACAGACAAGCACAUUAAGAGGCCAGAACCCAGCGAUACCCGAGGGAUGGCUGUGACUUAUGUGACGGUGGCCAGUGUCCUGGGGAUUCUGCUGGCAGUGGGAGGCUUGCUGUUCUACUUGCAUAAAUCCAGGACCUUAACGAGGAGGCAACCACAGAGGAAUGACAACAACGUUGAAAGACCAGAAGAAGGAAGGCCACUGAAUAGAGGGGAGGAACAUAUAGAACUGCAGAUCCAAGAAGUAUGAGAUGGACCUUUCCUUCUAAGGAGAAAACCUGUGUGGGGCCUGGAUUAUAAGCCUCCCCUUUUAAAGUUAUGGUCCUCUUAAUACUAUUGAGAGGAAUUAAAAGACUGGAUUUUGAGGACUGAAGUAGUUGCUCCAGCACUUUCCCACAAAGAGUAUUUUCUCUUUCCUCUUUUUUUUAAUGAAGGCAAGGUAUUAAUGAGGAAAUGGACAUUUAUUUAUUUCUGGCACUGAAGGUUGGCUUCCGGAAGGAUGUUUUUGCCAGACAUGCAGCAAGCUGGAACUUGAUCGGCAGGAUGGAAAUCACCUGGAAGCUGACCUGGACUUCAGAAUCUCUCCUCUGGUUUGGGGAGUGGGGUCUUCAUGUUUAGAACCACUGCACCAACUUCUUCCUGGAGUGGAAAGGGGGACCUUCCCUCCUUGGUGGAAGUCUGCACUUCAGAGAGUCCUCUGGGUCCGGAUGAAAACUUUUCAGACAACCAUUCCAGGAGCUUCUGGCUUCUAUCUUGAACUACAGAAGACUUCAGGAGAUCCAUUAAUAUAUAUUUUCUUAAGACAUUACCCACAAAUUAUAUCUCUGGAUCAUGACAACUUGUAGUUGUCUAGGCACUUUGUCCCCCUGGUUUCCGCCCACUUCACCUUCUUUUAAACUGUGUGUGUCAUGUAGCCCACGGAAGGAAAAAGUUCAUUUUCAUAGGAAGAUGUGUUCUACUUAUCACUUAACUCCCCAGAUAACCUUGUGCCUUAACUGGAGGAAGUUGUUUUUUUGCAGUGGCCUCCUCUGUCUUCAUUUAAGUUUUUAAUCUCAUUUUUAAAAUAGGACACAUGCUUUUAACUUUUAGGUUCUGAAUAAGUAGAACUGAAUAUCAUAUAAUAAAACUUUUUAAUUUAAUUUUAAGACAGACAAAAGUACUACUUCAUACAAUGCAAGUUUCGUGCCACAGGUGUAGAGGUAGCAGCCACUAGCUUUCAUGGAUUUGAAAUGGAGUUAGACAAAUACAGGGAGAGAUUGCAAGCCAAUUGAUAGCUGAGUUAUUUGGAGGAACUAUGGCUUUCAGAAUCCUCCAUGGUCACUGUCAUAUUGUUCAAAGAAGUACUUUUUUCCAGAUUGUGUUUUGGAUGAUAUGCCAACCAACUGAUGGCAUAGCACCCAAGAAAUGAGGUAGACCUGCAGUCUUUUUGCACUGCUUGAUUAUGGGAUUCUUGGUACAUCUUUCACUGGUCACAGUUGGGAUAAGGAAGCUGAACUAAAUGAACCUGCAGGACUGAUCUAAUAGGUUUACCUGGAUCUCUUUCUUUUUACUCUGUCUCUCUCUGUCUUCAAAACAUAUAGUUCUAGGGUAUGCCACCAAUUGGAGGGUUUCACAACUUUAAUAGUAAUCACAUUUAUGUCUAGCAGCCUUAACCCAAUUUGGUAUCUUCCAGAUAUGACUGACUACAAACUCCCAGCAUUCUUUGGCAACAAGGCCAGUAGAAGGUACCAAUUUGAGGAAGGCUGUUUUAUUGGCCCAAGAUGUCUUUCUUUGCAUUUGACACAAUGUUUUGGUGUAAAUCAGGAUAUUAUCUUGAAAUACUCAGGAGGAAUUUUGAUGCCAAAAUGAUUUUGACUGUCAGUUAUAACCUGGAAAAGAGUGUGAGGUGGGGAGAGUCCAGUCACUGGCUCCCUGUUUAAGUUUUCUGCUUUCUGGAUCUUGCAGAGCACAGUGGCAGCCACAUGGAAGUUUUGCAGCAUUGGUUCCAUGCAGAAACCUAAUAUGGAUAUACCCUUAGAGCUACCAGAGUUAUGUUAUAGCCACAGAUUUCUUCUCAGCUUAAUUCCCUUCCUCUGGACCAAGGAAUCAUGAUGCAGUAGCCCCCAACUCUCAAUCCUCCCUAACAACUUUCACAAAUCUAUUUCAAAGACUGAGAGCAGAACUUUAUUUUUGUAAAUCUAUUUCUGUAUCAGCAUUUGCUGCAGGAAUACAGAAGUAGUGGAAAUCUGCUCCAUGGAAGAAAAAUGGUUGUUGUGGCCUGUUCUAAAAUUGCACUGUAUAUGCACUGUGUUUCCUACCACACUCCAAGAACAUUCCAACCCCACACCUAGGAAUGUAGGAUAUCUGUGGAUGGGAAGCUGUCCAAUUUGUCAGUCUGGCCCAGCCUCUUGCCAGAUUAUGCCUGAUCUCCAUCCACUUUCUAUUUCUUACCUUCUGCUCUCCCUGCCUUUUCUGUCUUUUAUAACAAGGCAGGUGAUAAACCUGAGCCAGCCUUGGGAUUACCAUGUUGCAUGUCCCUAUGUGAGCUUUAAAAUACUAGAUGGUAAAUGUUGGGACAAAUUGUUCUGUAGGUGUAACUUGUGGGGCUCUGUGAGGAGCUGGCUCUAAAUGGGGGUACACAUGCCGUGUUAUUGAUGUGAGCAGGUCUCAAUGUAUGCAUAAAGGGUCUUGAUAACUCUUCUUCAUGUGCCAGUGAAUUUUAUUCUAUCUUACAGUAUGGGUGCAACAUUCUGAGCCACUGAGGCAUAUUGACCUAUAUGUAAUGUUUCCAUUCUGUCAUUGAACUAGCUAAUCCAGUAAUUUUUCAGAAUACAACAGAAGAAUUUAUCUAUAUUCAUUUUAGCUUGAGUUGCAAGAGGGAACUGUGAUGGCCUUCAGUGAUACCUCAUUUGUUACUCCUUUUUCCCUCUCCCCAUUCCUAGUCUCGCUGCUAACUAUAUCGCAUAGCGGGCUUGACCACACCUUGGAGGGUUAGUGGUAAGCUCCAUCUCUGCUUUUGAUGUCAGGGAGUACAAAAGUUCAGGUGUUGAGGUACUAGCAGCAUAUACAGGUCAAUGAGCCAUCACACAGGAUUUGUUCUGCUCUGCAUCCAGAAGCAAUCUUUGUUUAUCUAGCACCCUGUGAUCAGAUUUGUGAUUGUGUUUGGAUGCAGCAUGCACUAGGUAUGCUCCAUCUUGAGCACUUCUUUGCGGCACAGUAAAGUUUAUGUAUUAAGGCCAGAUCCUAAUAGCCACCCUUCCCUUGUUGUGGGGUUUUAAUUUUAUAUAUAUAUGUGUGUGUAUAAAUGCGAAACCAGUGGAGAGAAGUUCCUUUCAAAGAGAGUUACAAUUUUGGUUUAAACUGUGUUUUUAUAUAUAUUUUUUCAAAUGAUGAAAUAUUUUAUAUGGAAGACUUUUAAAAUGGUUAAAUGUUUAUUUAAAGAUAGCAAUGUGGUAUUUAAUAAUAAUAAAACACGGAUGUGUAACACUUUUAAA